AUGGCCGUCGCCGACGCGGUGCUGCCCUCAGCGCCGCCGCUGGCCCCGCCGGCGCGGAUUCGUCGUGCGCUUCGCCCUCACCCCGAUGCUGGCGCUCGGCGCGUCCUCUGCGCCGCGGCGGGAGCCCUCACCUGCCUGUGCUUCUCCAUUGCAUGGGUCACCUCCGCGGCCGCGGCAGCGCGCAUCGUGACGCGCCGCGCCUUGGGCGACCGCUCUGCCCCCUUCCUCUUCCUCCAGGCGCUCAUAUACGGGGCUCUCAAGGUCUGCGUCUGCAGCUUCCUUGCGUUCCUCGCGCUUGCCGUCCUGGUGGCGUGCGUGGCCUACGUGAUUGCAGCUGUAUCUAGAUCCACUUCGGGAUUCAAGAAGAGCUCCUCCAGAGCAAUCAUGCGGGAAUCGGUUGCAGGCUUGUUUAUGCUAUUGUGCCCUGCGGUGUUUGUAUUUGUCGCAGAUGUGGCCUUCUUCCUACUAGUGGUCGUUGGUCAUCUGGUAGCAAUGAUGUUGCCACAUGUGGAGGGAUCGAUAUAUCAGGGGGGAAUGGUCGAUUCUGUAAUCAAGGAUGUGGGGAUAUUCCAAUUCGGUAUGCAUGCGACAACUUGCGUUGUGAUCCCAACACUCAUUCUUAGUCUCUGGAGGGAGUACCAGGCGGACAAGAAAGCAACAUUGCAGUACUGUUGA